GAUUGGGAGAAGAGAAAGCAGGGAAGGAGGAAGGGAGCCCAGGAAGGAAGGGGGAGGAGAGAGGAAGCCCGGCAGCCCCCAAGGCCAGCGAGGAAGAGGGGCAGCCUUGGCCCACACCCGGGGACCCUGGGAUGGCCUGGCCGUGGGGGUGAGGAGGAGGAGGAGAGAGGGGCUGGCGGCAUGGGGCCCCCUCCUCCAAAGAUGCCCGCGCCCCUCGCCCUCUGAGCCAGCCGCCUUCAUUCUUCUCCGCCGGCCUGAAAAGUUUGGCCUCGCUCGCUCCUUCCAACCUUUGUGUGGCUUCUUGGAGAGGAGGAGGAGGAGGAGAAGAGGAGGGAGGAUCCGGGGAUCUCUCGAAUCCCACCGUUUUCCCGGGACUUGGAUCCGUUUGGGGGUCUCCUUUCUUGGCUGGCUUUUGUUCCCCUCCAAAGCAACCUUUCUCUGCGUGCGUCCUGCCAAGGUUUCUCUUGCAAACUCUUGGAUUGUUUGGGUCUUUUUGGGGCUGCCCCUUCUUCCCUCUUCUCCUUCCUUUCCACGGGAGUCAAGGCUCUUCCCCUUGGAUCGCGGAGGAGAGAGAGAAAGAGAGAGAGGUUUGCCUUGUGGGAAGCUUUUGGAGAGCUUUUGGAGAGCUGGGGACCUUUUCCCAAACAAUGGCGGAGAGGAGGGACCUUUUGGAGAGGAGCAGCAGCAGCGCUUUGCACCGCAGCCUCUCCGCCAAGGGUUUGGGGCGGAGGACCGGGCCCACGGGGCAGGAGGGGGGAGGAGGAGGAGGGUCCCGGGAGGAGCCCACGCCACCCGUGCCUGUGCCCGUGCCUGUGCCAGAGGCGCACUCUCUGUGCCAAGCGCCGUGCGUAAAGGCGCACCAGCCAAGCGCGCCGGCCAUCCUGGGGCGGAGAUCGCCCGUCCGAGCGGCUUCUUUCAGCGUCCUUUCCCGCAACGUGGCCAAGACCUCCUCUUCUUCCUCCUCCUCCUCCUCCUCGGCUCCGUCUUUCCCCGUUUCGGAGCCCUCCCACCGGCCUGUGAGGAGCCUUUCUCCUUCCGUGCGCCAACUUUCCUUGCGCUUUGGAGAGCCCCGAGGCGCCGACGCGCAAGACGAGGAGCAGCAGCCGCAGGCGCGCAACGAAGGACGAGAACGAGCCCUCGCUUCUGCCUCAGGCCCUCGACCCUCCCUGCUCGCUGGAGCUGCCUCCUCCCUUGAUGAACCCCAUCCAGAGGCGCAGGAAGCCAGGACUUUGGGGAAGAGAGGCACCUGUUGUUGCCCAGAGGCUCCAUCUUCCCUUCUGGUCUCUGCUGCCACCUAUGAGGCUGACCCAAGGGGGAAAGAGGGGCUUCAGGGACCCUCUGCAUCUCUUCCUUCUCCUCCUCCGCUGCCACUUCGGAGUCUCCAAACACUGAGCCCCAGGAGCAGCGUGGAGGCAUCGUCCGCACUCGACUGGCCCAAAGUCACCGAAAUGCGCAAACUUUUUGGGGAGAGCUUUCGGCGCCCACAGGCCAAAGGAGAGGCCACACAGGAAGGUGGGUCGGGCCCCCGGUCGGCUCCCAAAGGUAGGGAUUUGGGGUCAGGGAAUUGGGGGUUCCCUCCUCCUCCUUCAGCCCCACAAUUGCAACGAGGGGGCAUUGGCAUGGACACCUCAUUGCGGGCACACUUUGUCCCCGAGGAGCACAACAAGGAGACCCCGCCACCCCCACCUCCCCGCAGCUGCAUUCCUUAUCCAGGACUUCGGGGGCACCGGCGGGCAGUUCCACAAGGAGGCAUUGCCCAAAGGGAGGGUGAGAGGCCACCAGCGCAGGCCCCCCAUCUUCAGUGGGAUGGUUUCCAUGCUUGCCCUGCUUCUCCUGCCCAGCCAUCCCCAAUUGGACCUGGCUGUGUGGCCCCAGCUCCUGUCUCCUCAACAGGCAGCAGCCCAAGGCCAGGGGAGAUUUCCAGCAGCAGCGAGGAAGAACUUCUGGGGUCCAGGCCAAAGGGUUCCCAGCCAAGUUCCUUGAGUUCCAGCCUUGGCACCUCAGAGGAUAACCGUUGGCAGAUAUCUUUGGAGAGAUCUUCGGGGAGUGAGGAUGAAGAAGGGGAAGGCUUGUCGGCCUCCCGGAAACCUUGCGCCCAGAGGAAGAAGGACGGGAUCCAGGGCCAGGCCUUCAGGGGUGACCUUUCAGCCGGCAUGGAGUGGCACUUGAAGGCCCAGGAGGACUUGUGCCAGUACAUCUGUCCCUUGCCCACUGAGGAAAGGACCGAGCUGACUCCUGCUGCAGCCUUGCCCUGUGAUGGCAACCCAAUAGGCAGCACAGAAGGACACAGGCUCUUCACCCGUGGCCUGUCAGAAAGCUCUCUGCUUAGUACCCCAGGUACACUGUCCUCGGCAUCCCCCCUCCCUCACGUUUCCAGGGUCUCCAAAGUGAGCAUCCCCCCUUUCGUGCCAAGCCCUUCUGGCUCCCGAAGCAGCAGUCGCUACUCUAGCACGGAGACUCUGAAAGAGGAAGAGUUGUUGGGGGGUUCCUGGGGCAGCCAAAGCAGGAGCUUUCAGGGGGGUCUCGGGGUGUUCCGCUCUCCAAGCUUCAACCAAAGCAGUAGCCUCGCCAGGCUCCAGUCACAGGUCCGGGCCCGUCCAAAGCUGCCGUUGGGGAUUGUCAAAACAAAACAAGAACUCCCUUCCUUUGAAAAUCUGCAGCACUGCGGCCUGGAGGCGGUUGAGUCCUCCAAGCACAGAAAAUCCAUGUCCAACCCGGACAUUGCAACAGAGACUCUGGCCCUCCUCAACUUCCUGAAAUCAGAUCUGUCCGAACUGAAGGCCAGGAAGAAAGGCAGCCGGGCCAAUGAACCAGCGGAAACGACUUCGGGAAGCAGCCAUAGAUAUGAGAGGUACCACCAUAGUGGAGCUGGACACCAAAUGGCAGGAAGAUCCCAAAGCGAGGCUCAGCCACUGAACCGUUGCGCAGUGGGUGGCCGUCCCACUCUGAAAGACCUCACAGCAACUUUGAGGCGGGCCAAAUCCUUUACCUGUUCCGAUAAGCCGCAGGUUCCCCGUAGAUUCUUCCUCCAGAAUACCAUGAAGCAAAGCUCUUCAGAGCUGUACCUGAGCACCCUGCAAGCCACUAAUGACUACAACGAUGGUGUUUCUGAGACAGGCAGAGACAGAGAGGGAGAUGGUCUGCCGGUCAUCAUCCAAGACCAGUACAUUCAAGAAGCAAGGCAGGUCUUUGAGAAGAUUAGUAAGAUUGGCUCCCAGCAUGAUUACAACUUUGCUUCAGACCCAAAGGACAGAAGUAAUGUGAAAGCGGGAGAAGGGGACACAGAAAUGCAGAAGAAGGAUGCCUUGGAAGGUGGAUGUGAGGAGUGCUUGAAGAAAGUUGAUUCCGAAGGCAACCUUUCCUGUGGGAAAUCCUUAGAAGAACUCUCAGGUCCCGAAUCUAGCAUGACUGAUGAGGGGAUCGUCACCGAAGUGGAGACAGGCCCUCCCUAUAGCUAUCUCAACCCAUCGGUUGAGGCAUGGAAAGCAGCAAACCAAAGAAGAGGGAGUCAGACCAGCCAGUUAGAGACCAACGAAGGUCUACUUCAAAGCCACACAACCAGACCAAAUAGUGAGAAGGAUGAGGCCCUUCCCAAUAACAAAAUGGCACCCCAAGGUUUGCUCGAGGCACCACUGACCCCCAGCGCCCUUCGACGCCGGAGGAAGUUUCCAUCAGUUGGGAACAAUGGCUCUGAGUCCAGUAACGGAAGCAACGGGGAACCCAAUGGUGAAACCUACCGAUCCUUGAGUGACCCCAUGCCCCACAGAAGGUGUUCCAUCACUGAGGACUCCAAGAACUUCUCAGUCGAUAGCAAUCUCCUUGGGUCACUGAAUGCGAAGUCUGGCAUCCCAGAAUCCUCAGCUGUGGCCCUGUCCGAAUGUGCCGGCAGCGCUGCCAGUGACUUGUCUGUCUGCAGCGAUGGCGUCAAGGACUACAACACUGUGAUCCAGAACAUUGUUAGCCAACCUGGGGCCAUGGAUAAAGUGAUUGAUGAGAAAGGGAAUGGGAAGACCAUCAAGAAGAAGUCCUUCAGCGAUCCCAGUCGGCGUGGAGAGCUCGCCAGCGCAGGGUUCGAUGGUCCUGGAGAACCCAUCAGUGAGAUGGAGCAGAGCAUCCCUCCAUCCAGCAGCGAGCCCAUCCUCUCUGAGCAAAGGGAUCAGCUACGGGAACAGGAAGUAGGCCGGCUGGGCUCCCUCUCGGAGCAUGUUUUGCCCCCGCAGUCAGACAACGAGAUGGUUGGAGAGACUAAAAACUACAGCUUUGAUCCCAAACUGGUGGAUGUUCUGUCUCCCCGGAUAGUCCGGCGAAGCUCCAAGAAGCGCACCAACAGGGUCAAUGGCCAGGAACAUAGAAAUGAAGAGUCCCCUGAAACCCCAAGUAUCACUCCUGCUCUCAGUAGAGCGAGACCGUCUUCCAAACAUGUCCGCCACACCAGUGAGCCCACCACCUUUAUUCCCAUUGGGGAUACCACCAGUCCACCGGCGUCCUCGAACCAGAACCUCCAUGGUGGCCCACCACCAGGGCUCUCCCGCCUUCCCUUGAAGCCUUACCCUGUUCUUCAAGCACCAUCCUUGGAGGAUGUCACCAAGCACUACAUGUUGACCCUUAACUCAGGGGAGCCAUCCUCUGCUGGCACUGUGGAUACACCCAGAUCUUCACCCGCCACACCAACUGCGUCUGAACCCAAGCUGCCCAGAUGUCCAAAGCACCAUGAAGAUCCAGGCACCGGCGUCAGCAGAAGCAAACCACAAGUGGAUAUGCGGAAACAUGUUAUCAUGACUCUCCUGGAUACUGAGCAGUCCUACGUGGAGUCUCUCCGGACCCUAAUGCAGGGCUAUAUGAAGCCUCUGAAACAACCAGAAAACUCCAUCCUCUGUGACCCUUCCUUGGUGGAUGAGAUCUUUGACCAGAUUCCUGAGCUUUUGGAGCAUCACGAAGAGUUCCUGGAUCAGAUCUCGGAGUGCGUGCAGAACUGGCACGAGAAGCAGAAAGUGGGAGACAUCCUGGUACAGUCUUUUUCCAAGGACAUCCUGGUGCACAUUUACUCCGCCUACAUAGAUAACUUCCUCAAUGCCAAAGACGCCGUGAGGAUUGCCAAGGAAGCCAAGCCAGCCUUUAUGAAGUUUCUGGAGCAAAGCAUGAGGGAAAACAAAGAGAAGCAGGCCCUCUCGGACCUCAUGAUCAAGCCCGUGCAGCGCAUCCCACGCUACGAGCUCCUGGUCAAGGACCUCCUGAAACACACCCCAGAAGAGCACCCCGACCAUCCCUUCUUACUAGAAGCCCAGAGGAGCAUCAAGCAGGUGGCCGAGAGGAUCAACAAAGGGAUGAAGAGUGCGGAGGAGGUGGAGAGGAACGCCCGGAUCGUGCAGGAAAUUGAGUCCCACAUCGAGGGAAUGGAAGACGUGGGCCUUCUGGGAGAGGGAUGCGUACAUCCUCAUAAAGUGUCUUCCUCCCAGCGAUGGAACACAAAGGUCUCUCCAACAGACCUUAAUCCUCAGCUCCAGGCCCCGCUGCGGAGGUUCCUGCGCCAGGAGAUGGUGGUGGAAGUGAAAGCCAUUGGUGGAAAGAAAGACCGUUCCCUUUUCCUCUUCACAGACCUUUUGGUCUGCACCACUUUGAAGCGCAAGUCGGGGUCCCUGCGCCGAAGUUCCAUGAGUCUUUACACAGCCGCCAGUGUUAUAGACACAGCCAGCAAGUACAAAUUGCUCUGGAAGUUACCCUUGGAAGAUGUCGACAUUGUGAAAGGGGCCUCUCAGUCCACCAACCGCGAAAGCAUCCAGAAGGCCAUUUGCCGUUUGGACGAAGACCUCAGCACCCUCGGCCAAGUCAGCAAGCUUUCCGAAACGCUCAGUUUUCCCCAUCAGGGCCUGGAUGACGUGCUGAAGGACCUGAUGGCGUCCAUCCACCGAGAGCUGGCCGAGAAGCAGUCGCUGUCCUUCACCAUGUCCUUCCCGCCGAACAAGAUGGAGCUGACGGCCACCAAGGCGGACGGCACUGAGUCCUACAUCUUUGAGUUUCCCAACCCUGAUGCGCGCCACAGCUUCGAGCAGGCCUUUGAGGACACCAAGAAGAAACUAGCUUCCAACAAAAACUGCCUGGACCCCGAGUUCCUGAAGGCCAUUCCCAUCAUGAAGACGAGGAGCGGGAUGCAAUUCUCCUGUGCCUCUCCCAGCCACAGCAGCCCUGAAAACGCCUACGAAGUCUGGGUUUGCAACAGCGACGGCUACGUGGGGCAGGUCUGCCUCCUCAGCAUCCGGAAGGAGCCCAUCGUCGAAGCCUGCAUCGCCGUCUGCUCCGCCAGGAUCCUCUGCAUCGCCUCCGUGCCGGGACUCAAGAGGACCUACAGAGAGCGUCCCACGUCUCUGACCAGUCCGUCCUCGGAACCGGUCCAGGUGGCGAACCUGGAGGAGCCUGGUCCUCAGCAGUGCCUGCAUAUCUCCAUCUCGGGGUCUUCCUUGGAGCUUUCGGAGCCAAUGGACAGCACCAAUCGGGACCUGGUGCCUUUUGACAGCGAUGAUACCGAUGACGAGUCCUCACCCAGCCCUUCUGGGACCCUCCAGAGCCAAGCCAGCCAUUCCACCAUCUCCUCCAGCUUUGGAAAUGAGGAGAUCCCGAGCUCUAAAGAUGCGACAGCAGAAACCACCAGCUCUGAAGAAGAGCAAGACCCCGGAGCCUUCCUUCCGCUCAGCUCCGCUUGCGCCCAGAACCGGAACAGCGAGAGCCCCAUGGACGGCCGGGCGAUGCGGCGGUCGAGCCGAGGGUCCUUCACCAGAGGAAGCCUGGAGGACCUGCUGAGCACCGACCCCGAGGCCUAUCAGAGCUCCAUGUGGCUGGGCACCGAAGACGGAUGCAUCCACGUCUACCAGUCUUCAGAUAAUAUCCGCAACAGGAAGAACAGCAUGAAGAUGCAGCACUCGGCCUCCGUGACAUGUAUCCUGUACCUUGAUAACCAGGUGUUUGUGUCUCUGGCCAACGGAGAGCUCAUCGCCUACCAAAGAGAAGCAGGGCGUUUUUGGGAUGCUCAGAACUCCAAGUCCCUCUCGCUGGGCUCUCCCGGGAGCCCUGUGACCAAGAUGGUGGCUGUGAGCGGGAAGCUGUGGUGCGGAUGCCAGAACAGAGUCAUCAUCCUCAACACAUCCAUCCUGCAGCAGGAGCACACCUUCCAGGUUGGACAGGACAGCAACCGCAGUGUCACCUGCCUGGUCAGCUCCAGCGUUGGGGUCUGGGUCACUCUCCAAGGCAGUGCCCAAGUGAGGCUGUACCACUCGGUCAGCUAUGACCAGUUGGCUGAAGUGGACAUCACUCCGCCGGUCCACAAGAUGUUGGCAGGGUCGGAUGCCAUCAUUCGCCAGCACAAGGCCGCCUGCUUGCGCAUCACCGCUCUCUUGGCCUGCAAGGACCUUCUCUGGAUCGGCACCAGCGCCGGAGUGGUGCUGACCCUUUCCAUCACCGCCAAUGCCACUUCCUUGAAAACUCCUCCAUUGCCAGUGGGCCUUUCCCAAGGACACACAGGGCAUGUCCGCUUCCUCACGUCCAUUGAGCUGCCUGAAGGCUUUGAUGUCCUCUUCCCCUUGCCAAGAGAUCCAGGUACAGAAAAGUCCAACGACUUGGAGAAGCGGGACUCCGUGAGGCACCGGCCGUCCAAGUCCAAGAUGCUGGUGAUCAGCGGCGGAGACGGCUACGAGGACUUCAGGCUCACCAACAGCAGCGAGACGGUGGGCCGGGACGACAGCACGAACCACCUCCUCCUCUGGAGGGUCUGAGUGGGUCGCUCCCAGCAGGAGAAAGGGAGAGAAGGGGAACGCUGCGGUCCCGUGCAUCCUUGCUGUCCACCGCUCUCUCUGCCGUGUCUCAUCGCCCGUCUUGAAUGUCUCCGGGAUCCACCGCACGGGGGGAGAGAGACCUUUUGAGACGGAUGCUGUGCAGCCUCUUCCCUUGCCUCUAUCAUGCACGCCCUGUGCCCACUGCCAUUGUCAUGUGUGUGGAAAGCACAGGUGGGCAUCAACUAGGCACUCCGGAAGAGAGAAAGAGAGAGAAACAACGGAGGGCCCCAGCCUUGCUUAGGACAGGAUCGAGUGCUUUGUGUGAAUUGCCAGGAGCGUUUGGGUGUUUCGGUAUCUCCAUUUUGAUCCUCAGAGUACAAACAAGACGUCCACAGCAAUCUAUUCCCAAUAUAAAUACCAACCUGGAGAGAGAGAGAAAGAGAACAGUGCAAGACCCCAGCCUUACUUUGGAUGGGAUUGACUGCUUUGUGUGCAUUGCUUGGUAAGGAACCCCCAAACCAAACCUGAGAGCGUUUGGGGAUUUUGGCAUUUCCAUUUUGAUCCUCGGAGUCCAGAAGUUGGCUCGGACAAAUGAGACUCCACAGUAGUCUGUUCCCAAUAUAAGUAGGAACGUUUACUAUUAUUUUUUCCUGCCCCUUGCACUUCCCAACUGGAUACGGAUGUCGAAAUAUUCAGCUCAAGGUCACCAUUAUAUUCCAAACAGCACACAGUUACCUUCGUAAUAAUCCUCACAAGAGUCAGCUGCACCGUCGCCUCAACAACCCUAAUGGAUUUGCUCCCAUGUCACCAGCAUAUGGACAACUUGGGGGUGUGUGUGUGUAU